AUGACAAAUGAAGAUUCUGUAUCGAUUUCUAUUAAUGAAAAGCUUGCAGAUCAAUCCCCUAUAUUUUCAGAUCAUUACAUUUUUAAAGUGUCAAAGGAACAAUGGAGCGUGAAUGAAGAGGCAUAUGAACCGAAAUUAAUUGCAAUUGGUCCUUAUCACCAUGGUAAAGAUCAUUUACUUGCCAUGAAAGAUCACAAAAUACGAUAUCUUCAAAGCCUCCUUCAACAAAGUUCUCAGAAAGAUGUAUCAAGAUAUGUACAGAUUAUAAGAAAUUUGAAAGAAAGAGCUCGUAAAUAUUAUGCAGAGCCUUUAAGUUUUACCCAUGAUGAAUUCGUUGAAAUGAUACUUAUUAAUGGUUGCUUUAUUAUUGAGUUUAUACACAAAUUGCUAGAAGGCCCACUGUGUAAUUCAAGUCACGUAUACACUCCAGAAAAUAUGAUACAAAUCAAGAACCUACUGGAAUUAUUACAUGAUCACUGGCAACCUUUCCCUGCAAGACUAGAGGUUUAUGAGAAAAUGGGACAAGCCAAGGAAGGAUGUUUUACGCGCUGUGCCACAGAGCUCAAAGAUGCCGGGAUUAAGUUCAAGAGUGCUGUUGAGAGAAAUAACUUGUUCGAUAUAAAUUUUGUAAACAGUACAAUUAAAAUCCCAAAAAUACGAAUUGGAGAUAAAACAGAGUGUCUCUUGCGAAAUCUCAUAGUCUACGAGCAGUUGACCUCUUCCACGAGUCCAAAAUACUUCACUGAUUACAUGAGAUUCAUGGAUUGCCUCAUCGAUUCUGCGAAGGAUGUAGAGCUACUUUGUUGCCAGGGGAUCAUUGAUAAUUGGAAGGGUGACGAUGAAAGCAUUGCUAUUCUAUUCAACAAGCUUGGAGAACAUGUCUUCUGCGAAAGGGCUCUCUACGCGGAUAUAGUGAACAAUGUAAACGAGCAUUGCAAGAAACGAAGUAAUCUGUGGAUGGCCAAGUUGAGGCACGAUUAUUUUCAAAGCCCAUGGUCUUUUAUUUCUGUUUUGGCUGCUAUCAUGCUGCUCCUUCUCUCCUUGACUCAGACUGUUUAUUCAGUUCUUUCUUGUUAUAAGUAA